AUGAAAUUAUGUAGUUUAUUUGAUCCACCGAGUAAUAACGCUUCCCUGAAGGUCUUCUCACAGAGCCUAAGAUCUGAAAGCAGACGUUACCUCAAUAAGACCAAAAAAGGUGCCAAUAUUUCCAAAAUUGAAAGGGAUGCCCUUAACAACUUGGCUGCAGAUACUACCAUCACUAUUCGUCCAGCGGACAAAGGUGGGACUAUUGUUUGAUGCAAUAUCAAGACUUUAGAAAUGAGAUUUUAAGACAACUUUCAGAUGAUAAAGUGUACAAAUGCUCUGAAAUAGAUCCAACCGUGGAAUUUGGGAAAACUAUUUUUGCAACACUACAGAGAGGGGUAGAAAACCACUAUAUAACACGACAAGAAUUUGAGUACUUACAUGAAACUCACCCCAGGUGUCCGGUGUUGUACACACUACCAAAAGUGCAUAAGGACCCCAUUCACCCCACGGGACGACCUAUAGUCUCAGCUAUUGGUGGUUUAUUGGAGCCCAUCGGUAAAUGGCUGGACAAGAUAUUUAAAACUCCAGUGUUAUCUUUGCCUACCUGUGUCAAAGACAGUGCAGCUGUUAUUGAACGUCUUAACAAUAUCCCAGUACCGGUAGCUUAUACACAAUAA